AUGGGGUAUAUCCACAGCAAGGAGAAGCCGUUCAAAUGCACCGAAUGCGGCAAAGGCUUUUGCCAGAGCCGGACUCUGGCCGUGCACAAGAUCCUCCACAUGGAGGAGUCCCCCCACAAGUGCCCCGUGUGCUCCCGCUCCUUCAACCAGCGCUCCAACCUCAAAACCCAUCUCUUGACCCACAGCGAGCGCCCCCUUGAGUGCACUCUUUGUGCCCAAUUUUUCGCCACCUACUCCGAUCUCAAGACACACGAGACGCGUCAUUGCCCAAAAAUUGAGGAAAUUCAGCCCCCGACGACAACCUGUCUCGAUUUGACCAAGAAACCUGCGCCCAAGGUCAAAUUGGGGUUCUCCAUCGAGGACAUUAUGAAGAGAUAAAUGGGGGAAAUGUUUCUGUUUUGGCCAAAGAUGAUGACUACCUCUGAUUUUCGAUGAGACUGAGGAAGAGUUACCGUGUUAUUGUAUAUAGUUUUGUGUAAAUAAAUAUUUAUUUCCUUGAUUGAG